AAAAUUAUCAUGGAAAAAUACAGUUCAAAAGUUUUCAUUAAGUAAUAUUUUAAUAAACAAAUAAUACGUAAUUAUCACUUUAUGAAAGUCCUAUGAUUAAACAGCAACAAACAUUGAUAAAAAGAACCAUUUUAUAAAUUCUGAUUUUUUUUCACGAUGCAGAAACUACAUCACCAGGUGUCGCUAGUGCAUUGACGCUUUUAUUUCUAUGAAUACCGUUUAAUUACUGUUUUUAUUAUUACCUAAUUAGGCGUUUUUGUUUUUUUCAUACCGGGGUUUAUUUAUUUAUUUACUUUAUUUACUUCGUAUUACUCGUUUUGAAAUGAGUCAGUAUUGCGGUGCGCCGCGGUUGCUCCUCCAUACCGCUGGGGGCGCUGUGUCUGACUCGACCCAGCUCGAGUCGUCCCGUUCUCGGCUUCUGCGCCGCUGCGGUGUCGCUGUCCAGUACUGAACGUUCAGCACCGCGAGAGGAGGACAGCUCCCGAUCCUCCGACAAAAACAUAGCAGACCGCAUCAGAACAGCUUCAGCCGGCCUCAUCUACCACAGAGCGCUGUGGCCAUGUACGAUGGGGCAAGGGUUCCCUCCCCUGAGGACGCUGCUAACGGGGUCCCACUGCAGCCCGAGACCCCCGCGGCCACACAUCCCAAAACUAACGAGGAGCCGGAGGAGAAAGAGGGCGUCCCACCUGAGCCCGUCCUGGUGAAGAAGGCUCACCGUGAGAUUCUGGACCAUGAGAGGAAGAGGAGGGUGGAGCUGAAAUGCAUGGAGCUUCAGGAGAUGAUGGAGGAACAGGGGUAUUCCGAAGAAGAAAUCCGGCAGAAGGUUGGAACGUUUCGGCAGAUGCUGAUGGAGAAGGAGGGUGUGAUAACUCGAGAAGGCUUGCACCCACGUCCACCGGUCAGGCUGCUUCCUCACGGGGAUGAAGAUCAUGUGGAAAACGCUGCAUACAUUGACGGCUAUGAGGAAGACUAUGAUUGGGAUGGAGAAUAUUACAAGCAAGAUUCAGCUGCCUAUGACGAGUGCAGAUCCAAGAGGAUAUCCAGCAGUUCACCUUCCCCUCGGCCAAAGAAGAGGAAAAAGAAGAAGGCAAGAAGACACAGUCGAGCUGACAGCCCGUCUUCAACCCGAAGAGACAAAAGGAAGAAAAGUGGAAAGAAACACAAGAGAGACAGGUCCACAUCUGGCUCAAGGAGGAAGAGGAGACACAGAUCUGGGAGCCCCAAAAACAAACACAAAGACAAGAACAAACAGAAGAAGAGGUGUUCAGUGGAGUCUCCCAGCAGGAGUUCUCAGCACAGAGGCAGCUGUUGUAGUUCCCGAAGCGGAUCCGUCUCCUCCACCACCAGCGUCUCCAAAUCACCCAGCAGAUCAAAUGCAAAGUGCAGGAACGAUAGGCACAAACAGGAAGGAAGUCACUCUAGCCACAGCCCACUGCCGUCCCUCAGCGCUGACCAGCCAAUCACGUGGCAGAACGGCAACCACAGCGUCCGUGUCCGCAACGGCAAAGAUUCGGGAGCCAAUCACACGGAGGGGAAUAAAGGGAACGAUCACUCAUAUGAUUUGGAACUGGACCGAGUUAGAUUAAAUGGGUAUGUCUACUAG